GCAAUAACCAUCCAUUCCAUUCUGCUACUUUCUUAUCUAUUUAGAGAUGGGUUUUGGAUUGCUUGUGCUGUUUUGGCCCUUCACUUGGAUAUCUGUGGAUAAUAUUUCUUCUUUCCUCUUCUUUCAUUUGUUCCCCCUUUUUCUGCUAUAAAAAAGCUCACAAAUAUCUUCUCCUGAUCUUUGGCGCUUGUGAGGGCUUUUGAUUUGUUCUCUUCUCUGUUUUUUCAGCAAUAUUUCGUCCUUGGGUUUUCGCUGAAUGUACUUAACAUUAUUCCUGGGUUUUUGACCAAACACUAUAGCUAAUUUCUAAAAAUAGAUAUACAUAAAAUAGAUAAGUCAUAGUAUCAGUAUGUACCGCCCCAACAGCCACCACUUUCUUCCUUGUUUUCAUUGCCAACCCCAUGCCUAUAUCCGGAUGGUCCAGCAUCUGAUAGAGAGAUGCUUGCUGCUUCAUAUGAGUCGAGAUGAGUGCGUGAAGGCAUUGGCUGACCAUGCAAAUAUCCGUCCUCUCAUUACACUUACAGUGUGGAAGGAGCUCCAGAAAGAGAACUCUGACUUCUUCCGAGCAUAUUUCCAUACCAUUUCUCCCAAUCCAUUCCUCGCCAAAUUCACGGGGAGUGAGCGGUGCAUCAUGAGAAGACAAUAUCUCUACUGGAGGUGAUCCAUUAAGAAUUUGUAAUGCUAAUAUAUAUGACGACGGCGACGACGAUUAAUUAAUUCGAACCCAGUUGUUUGUAGAUCAAGUAAGCUCUUUUAUUAUUAUUCUUAAUUUGUUUUGGAAUAAAAAAGAAAAAAGAGAGUGUGAAUGCUAAAUUUAAAGCCUGUUUACACAACGGAUUACAUUUUUUUAUUUACCAAAUUGAUAAAUGGGAUACCCUUGAAGUGCAGUCUCCAAUACCACCCUCUGAUCCCUAUGCUAUAUAUAUAUAUAUAUAUAAAGAAAUGUUAACAGAAGAUCAUAUUUUCUCAUAGCUUUUCAGUUUGGUUGCUGAUCUUAAAAGGAGCUAAAAUAUAUUGUUUAAUGUUUAUCCCGCGGUUGGACUUGGGGAACAUUGUUCAAUUGGUAAAUCAAUAGAGCGAGAGGGAGAGGGAGAGGGAGUGAAGCAUUUUACGUGGACUGCAAACUUGGGCCCUUUUAUUGGCCGCCUGAGAAAAGAAACUCCAGCCCAUAUAUGUGUUUUGAAAUGCUGGAGACUACUUAGAAGUAGAAGUAGAAGUACCCCAAUGUCAACUACAAAUACACACCAACUCAAAUAUUAUAAACUUUUCAAUAUUUUAAUGUCA